CAUAACAAGCCCCACCCCUUCAUGCAGUCAGCCAGCUCCACUGGACUGUGAUUGGCUGAAUGUGGCACACUUCUCUUGUCAAUCACACAGUGUGCCUGCACGUGGCAUAAGUGUGACUCAAGGGCUCUGAUGUCAUUGGGUGGUAGCUGUUAAUGAAUUAUGCAUGAGUGAUCUGCUCUGAGGCUAGGAGGAGGCAAGCAAGUACCUGGGUUGUUGGAGAGAACAGUGUAUCAGAUGAAAGCAAGGAAACAAGAUGAACUUUUGCUGAGGAUUUCCUAGCUAUACAUUCUUACUUCAAGCAACUUUUUUUCUUCACAAAAUUGAACUCUUAGACAGUUGUUGUCUACUUCUGAGUUGAGCUAUUGAUACAUUGGUGAUUGGUUCAUUAGAGCAUGGUUAGGUCUGCAUCUAUUGAUAGCAUAGUUAAUGAGCAAUUACAACAAACUGUUACUUAUUAACAUGGACAUCUGUGACCAGUUAAGCCAGACAACAUGCUGGUAGAGCCUUACCAGCAGUGUGGAUAUAUUUAGCAUCACUGUUAGCAGAUGUAAAUCGAGUCAGAUGUACAACUGUUACAAAGUGAAUACUCUCUGAGAAACUUUCAUCUUCAGCGGACAUUCAUUCUGGACCUUCAAGAUGGAUUUACCCAAGACAUGGUCAACAUCUUUGCAGAUCUCUCUCUACCUACUAACUCUGAUAACGGUUUCCCAAUCCCAAAGUGAGCCUAGUUUCAUUUCGCAGCCAAUAGAACGAACAGUCCUUGAAGGCGAUGACGUCACGUUUUAUUGCAUCAUUGACAAUCUGCUGCCCUCCCAUGAUGUCUCCUGGUAUCGCGGAGGUAUACGGAUUAGUACAGGGGUUACUGUUGAUCCGAGUUUAACCCAAGUCGUUGAUCGUUUCUCCAUUGAAGGAAAUGAAGAUCAGGGUGAGUACAACCUCAAGAUAACUGAAGUUGCUUUGGCUGAUGACAUUGAUUAUUACUGUAAAGUAACCGCAUCUAGCGGCUUCAACUUAGAGUCGGACCAUGCCAGACUAGAAGUGCACCAUGUCCCGCCAAAUAAGUAUCCAGGCUGUUUCCCACUAAGUAAAGAGAGCUUUGUUGCGGGGGAGACAAUCACCCUUACCUGCCAGUCCGAACGUGGGAAUCCACCAGUGAUGCUAAAGUGGCUACGAAAAGAACAACAUUUAUCAGCUCACUUAGAUGACUCACAGAAUGGUUAUCGAAGUCUUGAUUAUGAAUUCACCAUUGGACCGGAAAACCACGGCGAUAUAUUCCAAUGCAAGAUGGAAUCAAGUGCUGCAAACACUUAUAUUCGACGUAGCUGUAGUCUCGGACCGUUGAAUGUGUUGUUCCCGCCAGCAAAACCUAUUCUUGAGAUGACUCCAAAGAUAAUCGCGGCAGACCAGGAAAUUGAACUUAGCUGUAAAACGGAUGCUAAUCCAACUCCGCUCUAUACCUGGAGUUUCAGCAACAACUUUGACCAGAGGAGGAUCACGUAUACUGAGAAUGGCCAAAGUAUCUUAUUCACAACCGAAUUAUCCGAUAACGGAACUGCAAUCACCUGUAAUGCAACAAAUGAAUACGGGACAAAUCAAUCCAAAACGCUUCUAAACUUUAAUCCGACACAGACCAAGCCGGUAUACGGUACCACGCCAUCGCAAACUUUAAAACCAAACGAUGACAAUAGUGAUCAACCACAUAAACCACAAACUGAUACCUCAAACAAUGUGGUCCUCAAACCUGAGAUCCUAGCGAUCGUUGCAAGCACUCUGACCCUCAUUCUUCUUGUCCUUAUUAUUCUGAUUGUAAUUACGUGCCGUUGUCGUCCACAAAACCCUAAGACAGUGAACCAAAUGCCGCAAAUGAUCUACGGACAGUACGGCCCAACCUCAGUCCAAGGUUGGGAACAAGGCAGUAUCUAUUUUGAGCCGAGGGACAGAAUAAGCGUGAGGGACAUGCCAACGUGGCAGCGACCCACGCCAUGGCACAGGAACGUCGCUGUGCAGGUUCCAUGGGUGGAGGAACCCCCCUAUGAAGAAAUCGGACAAAACUGGGACGAAGGAAUGACUCUGGAGAUUUAGAGAAACUAUUUUGUGUUGUUUUAAAAACAACGAGAUCUUAUUUUCUUUUUUGUGUAAAUAUGUAAAAUUUCCAAAUGCAAUUUUGUAAAAAAAAAAAAUAAUGUCAAAGUGAAUGUUCCAGCAAUUAUACUAAUCCAAAUUUUGAUUUAAAAAAUCUGCACUGAAGGAACGUGACCACAUACAAAUUUCAAAACUAAUUAUUGAAUCAAAAGAUGAAACUACCAAGCUCUAUUUAAGUUUUUAUAAUUGUAACCAUGCAUUUAAUUCCUAAACUUUGAUAAUCAUCGAUUAUUUACGGUACUUAAGUGUACCAUUGUAAAAAAAAAUUGUUUUCUCAAACUCACUGUUCAAACAAUGAAUACACUGAUCAUCAUCGUUGUUUAUUUUCUUCUUUGGUUGAGAGUACUUUUUCAGACAAAGGGGACGUCACAAUAUUGUGUUUUUUUCUUGAAAACAUUUCAAACUAACGGAAGAAAUGUUUUUUAAGAAAACACUUCACAACCAUCUCAUAUUUACAAGUUUUGUUUGUUUCAAAGCAGCUAUUGUUACUUUGGCUUGAUACAGUUGCUCAGUAUCCAUUCUUUUUUGUUAAAUUAAAGAACUACUUGCAACAAAAUAUUCUCCGGAUGACUGAUACUUCAACUCCUUAACUGUUUAACUUAUAACAUGAUCUUUUGAAUAAUUAUCAAGGUUGAAAACAUAAUAGUUAAGCAUUCAACCAGGGCCCACUUUCAAAGAGCUGCUUAAACAAAAAAAUGUUGAAAAAAUUGCCUGCUAAAAGCAAAAAUGGGCAGGAUACCAGUCACAAAUUGUUUUCUACAAGCAUCAUUUUAAUUUGCUUAAUGUUGUUUUCUGCUUAAAGGCAGUGGACACUAUUGGUAAUUACUCAAAAUAAUUUUUAGCAAAAAAAAACUUAAUUGGUAA